UUGUGUUUGUCUGGUUUUAUUUAUGGAGGCAGUAGGACUUUAAGCAGCACAAUUUAACAUUAUAUUACAUUUAAAAAAUAGCUGUGCCAGUAUGAGCUCAACAGCAUUUCCUACACACAAAAAUUAGCUUAAUGGAGAAUAAGAUGUUACCACUGGCCAACCAGAAAGGAAUUUUUUUUAUAAAUUUCCCUUUCAUAAACUAACCGUAAGAAAAAAAACACACUAUAAAAGAUUAGGUAAUUAAUUAGUGCGUAUGUGGGUAGUGGGGGACUGAUCAGUUGUUCAGAGAAAAGCUUUUAGAUUCAUGUGAACUUCAAGUCUCAUAUUUAAGGUUGAAUCUUUUAUUCUGUUACUGGACUACAAUACAAGCCUGGAGGGAUUCCACAAAGCUUUGCCUAAUAUGAUUCUCCUGACCACGAUAAGCUCAUUUAACUCAUGUUUGGAUCGUGACUUAUAUUAAAGAAGUUUACCUCCAGUUAUGCUUUUGUUCUGUACAUUUUUUAGCUGGUCUGCCAUUGCGAUGGCAGAUAGCAACAAGUGCAUACCUGAUGUGGGCAACACAGCAACAGGCUUCAGCUCAGUGCAUCGAUAAUGUAAACCAUUGUGUGGCAUCUCAGAUAAUGAGGGGAGUUAGAAGUCAUUCAUCCAUCCAUCCAUCUGUUCUUCCGUUGAAUCCCGUGUGGGGUCACAGGGGGGCUGGAACCUAUCCAGGCAGGCUGAGGGCGAGAGGCAGGGUACACCCUGAACAGGUCGCCAGCCUAUUGCAGGGCUUGAAGUCAUUCACUCAAAUAGAAAGAGAACAGAGAGAGGAACAAGCAGAGGAACUCAGUGUCACAUGAGGCUUAUAUGCCAUGUGAAGCAAGAGGAUUGUCACUAUUGUUAUUUUUUCCAAAUUGUUCAGUGAACAUUAACAUGUUCUACAUAUUGUAGGAUGAACUCUCACAAUAGCCCUGACCUGGUCAAGUCAACACAGUAAAGUAAUGAGAAGAAGGCCAAGAAACUCCAACCUGUGCCACAAAGAAAUCUUCAGUUUUGCACUGGAGGGAGCUGUGAGGAUCCACACGGGGGAGAAAGAAGCCUUUGUACCGGUGCGAGCAGUGCGGCAUGAACUUCAGGCAGAGCGGAGCAUUGCCUUUGCACACAAAGAUCCACAUGGGAGAACGGCCGUACGAGUGCAGCGGCUGUGGCCGACGCUUCAAUCGCAAAGGCGACAUGGAGUCCCACAUGGUGACUCACACUGGGGAGCGCCCCCACCUGUGUCUGGUGUGUGGGAAGAGCUACAGGAGGAAGAGCAACUUAAAGAUGCACCUCAAUAUCCAUGCGUAUGAAUGUAUGUGUGUAUUUUUCCUUCAGCCUCUUGUGCUGCAACUGGUUAAACACAAGUUAUCAUUGGUCUCCUUCAGCAGAUGCACACUCUGUAGCCUGAUUCCAUUUCCAUUCCAUUUCUUUAUUGUCAUCUCUAACAAGAAAGCUACAGAAAAAAGUUACGUUGGGUUUAGUUUAUUUGAAGAUUAUAUGUACAAUCACCAAAAAAGCAUUAAAGCCAAGCCACUCACACAAGGCAAUGACUCGACAUCCAGCUAACGUUGUUGUCAGCAACUGGGUGGUCAGUGCAGAGAGGCUGUGCGGAGAUGUUCUGUGAUAGUCACACAUAUUUUAACUCCUGCAACUUUAAGCACUUUAGGCCUGUAAACUUUAACAAGGACGCAUCUUUAUCCAGCAACAGCACGACAGAAGAGCAGAACCUGGUAGGUCCCUACAUGGCUGAUGUGUCUAUUCCCCCCAUGCCCUGAUCAUGUGAUAUAGUGAAGGUCAACCUGCACUCACUCACUCACUCACUCACUGCUCCACACAUCUAGUGGAAAAUAAUUAAUUAUUUUAUUCCUUUAAUUUGUUAUUAUUAUUUAUUACUUCCUAUUAGUACUGUGGACCCUUCAGUGCUGAUGUGUCUGUAAACGUUGGUAAAAACAACAAAUACACCCUUACUUUGUUUUAUUGUAAUGAUUGUUUUUAAUCUGAUUUUAACUUAACUUAUAACAUUCUUUGUUAGACCAAUUCCUGUCUCUUUCUAUAUAUAUUUGUCCUUCUCCUUUACAAUGUUUAUCUCUCCUUUGCUGACACAACUGUGUUAUGAAGAACUCAUCCUAUUAAAAAAUAAAAAAGUCUGUAGCAGCACACAAGCAAAAACAAACAUGCGGUUUCUAUAGAUCUUUCAUUUAGCUUAGUCUAACAUACACUUGAUCACUCUACACUGUGCUGUCAGUCAGGGGCUGCUUGCUUCUUUUGCUGUAGAGACUGUAGUUGCUCCACACUGUGAUUGAGGCCAGAGUCCAUGAUGCAAUGCACACACUCCCUGGUGUGAAGACACCAACAAGGCUGAUAUGAAACAUGGUGAAAACAUUAUAGGAGCAAUUUGGCAAAAAAGAAAUUGUCUCACAGUUGAUCUGUGGGUUUUUGCCACAUAUAACUUGUCUUAACUUUAGUCCUAGAGACUCAUGCAUAAAGUAGAUCAUCAAUAAUCAACUUUACAACAGCAUCAAUAUAAACACACACAUCACUGUUAGCUCCUGCACAGAAAGGUCUGCCCUUAGGUCCAAAUCUGCUCAUUCAACAUGAAACUGAAAAAAGAAAGCAAAAAAUUAAGCCUUGAGGUUUUCUGAUGCCAACAGAUGAAGAACAGUGAUUCUACUGUCACUUGCUAUUUUUCUUCUAAGGAGACAAGACGCUUUCGCCAUGAACAGCUUGAACCAAGAGUUUGACGAGAAGGUGCGUCCCUGCAUCGACCUCAUCGACUCUCUUCGCUCUCUGGGUGUAGAGAAGGACUUGGCUCUGCCUGCUAUCGCUGUGAUUGGGGACCAAAGCUCAGGGAAGAGCUCUGUGCUGGAGGCGCUGUCAGGGGUGGCUCUGCCCAGAGGAAGCGGAAUUGUAACAAGAUGCCCUCUUGAACUAAGGAUGACGAAAAAUAAACUAGGACAGGAGUGGUAUGGAAAAAUAAGUUACCAGGACCAAAUGGAGGAAAUAAAGGAUCCUGCAGAUGUGGAGAAAAAGAUCCGAGAAGCUCAAGAUCAAAUGGCUGGAGUUGGUGUGGGGAUCUGUAAGGAUCUAAUUAGUCUGGAGAUCAUCUCACCUGAUGUUCCAGACCUGACAGUCAUUGACCUACCAGGCAUCGCCAGGGUGGCUGUGAAUGGACAACCUGAGAACAUUGGUGAACAAAUAAAAAUUCUGAUCCAAGAAUUCAUCACAAAACAAGAAACCAUUAGUCUGGUGGUUGUUCCGUCCAAUGUGGACAUAGCAACCACAGAGGCUCUGAAGAUGGCACAGGAAGUGGACCCUGAUGGAGAGAGGACUUUGGGCAUCUUGACCAAGCCUGAUCUGGUGGACAAAGGCACAGAGGAGACGGUGGUGGACAUCGUCCAUAAUGAGGUCAUUCAACUGAAGAAAGGUUACAUGAUUGUCAAGUGCCGAGGUCAGAGCGAGAUCCUACAGCAGGUCUCUCUUCCUGAAGCCACGGAGAGAGAGAAAGCCUUCUUCAACGAACAUGCUCAUUUCCAGGUUCUCUAUGAUGAAGGCCAUGCCUCCAUUCCUAAACUGGCAGAAAAACUCACCCUUGAGCUGGUGCACCACAUCCAGAAAUCAUUGCCUCGAGUCAAGGACCAGAUAAAGCAAAAGCUGGGAGAGACUCAGGAACGGCUGACCAAAUAUAACACUGGCCCACCGUCCGACGAAGCCGAAAGAAUAGAUUACCUUUUCGAAAAAGUGACAGCGUUCACACAGGAUGCAAUUAACCUCACUUCAGGGGAGAAUAUCAAAAACGGACCCGGGUCCAAUAUAUUCUUCUUACUCAGACAUGAGUUUGAUGCCUGGAGACAGACGAUUAAAGACUUUGGAGAAGAAUUCAACAAGAACAUUGAGGAUAAUGUCACUGAGUUCGAAAAGAAGUAUCGUGGACGAGAACUACCGUGUAUCAUCAACUACAAGACCUUCAUGAGCAUGGUGCAGCACCAGAUGAAAGAGCUGGAGGAACCAGCUGUCCUGAAACUCAAGGACGUGGCAGAAAUUGUGAAGCAAGAGCUCGGAAAUUUGGCAGUGAGGCACUUUAAAGGCCUUCCCCAUCUCUUCAAUAAAGCUCAGAUGAAGAUCGAGGAUAUCGGACAGAGGAAGGGGGGUGAAGCAGAGUCCAUGUUGAGGACUCAGUUUAAGAUGGAGCUGACUGUUUACACUCAGGACGACACAUAUUUGAAGACACUCAACAGACUGUGGCCAAAUCACUCUAUAAAUGUCUCUGACCCUGCGGCCACGCUGAAAGAAAUGAUGAGACAUAUAAAGUCUUAUUAUGAAAUUGUUGCUCAGCGUCUGGCUGACCAGAUCCCACUGGUGAUCCAGUACCACAUGUUGCAGGAUGCAGCCACCCAGCUGCACAGGGAGAUGAUGCUGAUGCUUAAGGACGGGGACAAUGUCGACUUCUUGCUUCAGGAAGACGCCAGCAUUGCAAGAGUGAGAGACCAACUUCAGCAGAGCUACAAACGCCUGUCAGAAGCACGCAGUCGCCUGAUGCAGUUCAGAUCAGAUUUAUACGAUCCCUUCCCCUUCAUGCAGCAGUAGAGUCCCUCUUAAAGCCAUAUAAGUGAGGUUUGACCCAAUCUUCACUUGAAACCAAAGAGGGUACAUUUGUACUAGUGCUGUGGUAAAGUCAACCAGUGACACAAUAAAGAUUCUAAAGCAACAGACUGUCUGUGAGUUUUAUCAAUGUAAGAAGAACACCAUGGACCACAGCAAUAGAGCAGGGGUGGGCAAACUUCUUGACUAAUGGGUUUUAGCAUUUGAUAGAGGGGCUGACAGAUCAGUGGUGUUAGUUCUAUGGAUCUGUGACGAGCUUUGUUGAUGUUAAUUAUGCUGAAUGUUUGCUAAUGUGUGGGUCGAGUGCAACAAUGUCAGCAUUGAAUUGUUCAGUCUAGACUAGAGAUCAAUCAGUUGCCAUUGCAGCUGCUUUGUUGCCGUUUUAGGCUCUUGUAACAGGGAUAGGACACCAGCUGGAGUGUCUUUUCUAAAUAUAUAAUAAUAAACUGAGACUGCAUGAA